UUUGUCCGCUUAAUUUAUUGAGAAUCUCUGAAUUGGUGAAUUUUAUGUAAUUUAGUAAACUUUUAAAUUGAUUUUUUUAAUUAUUCAAUUUCCAAGGUGGAAACUUGUCCUUUGAUUGCCGUUUUUUCAAUUUGAAUUUAUUCUCCUUGAGACUUGAUCCUUAAAUACUUGAGUCCGGAUUCUUUACUUGGAUUCAUUCAACAUUUGGUUUCUCACAUUUUAGUGAAUAAUUGAGCUUAAUCUUUAUUUCUUGUACUCCAAUUUGUUUUGAUUUUUGUUUCAACUUUGUAUAAAUCUAUUGAAACCGUGUCCAGAUGGCCGAUCCCCUGUCACUUCUCAGGCAAUAUAAUGUCAGCAAAAAGGAUAUUAUCGAAAAAAACGACUAUAUCUGCUUUGGUGAAUCUUGUUGGCCCAAGAAUGUUAAAACUAAUUAUCUUUCUUAUGGAUCAUCUCGAGAUGGACCCAACAAGGAUUAUUACACUCUUGAGUGUUUAUAUUUUUUCUUGCGAAACAAAGAGAUGCAACAUCCUGCAUAUGUUCGUCAAGCAGCAGCUCAAGGUGUCCCUGUUGUCAGAAGACCAGAUCGUAAAGAUCUUUUAGCCUAUUUGACUGGUGAAUCAGCGACUUCACAAUCUAUUGAUCGUAGUGCACCUCUUGAGCUUCCCAUACCGUUGCACGAAAUUCAAGCUAAAUUUGGAAAAGAAGACAGUGAAAAAGGUCCCGUCGGAGCUCUCGGCAAAUUAGGUUCAGGCGAUGCCACAAGAGCUGAAGCCGCUGAAGAUGAAGGAGAAAGUGAUCCUAAAAAACUCAAGAUUGAUAGCAAACAUUUCUUGACUGAAGCAAAGAAACAGUUCUCUGAUCGAUUAGAUGCACCUAAAAUUAAAAAAUCCGAACUAAUCGAGGCUGCUGGUGGCCAAACUGGCGCAGGAAUCCUAGGAUUGCGAGGGAUCGGAUCAGCAGCAUCUUCAUCUGCCACUUCUCUUAAAGAAGCUUUAACCCUAGAACAAAUUGCUUCUCUCAAAGCUAAGCGUAUGGCUAAGAAACGUAUGACCAUUAUCGAUGCUGAAAAUGAAUUCGAAAAAGAAGGUGCUAACUUAACAGGGAGUGCGGCAGCUCCGGCAAGCUCUCUUACCGGCCCAUCUUCUAUUUUGUAUAAAUACGAUGCUAAUGUUACUCGUGAAAUUCAGUCGAAAGAAAGAGUCUGGAGAAACCGAUCUACUAUUCUUGUUUCAAGUGGAAAGAACUUUGCAAAAUCUAUCUUCCCUAUUAUCCAAGCAAUUAAAGUCCGAGAAGAGGGUUCAUCGGCUAUAAACCAAAGAAAACCACCUGGAAAUGCUCCUAUUGGAGGUGGAUAUAUGGGUAACCAAAUGAAUGGUCCUAACGCAAAUUCAAUGGCAUCAAGAAUCCCUAAUAGUACUCCUAUGGGUGGCUCUAGUAUGAAUCCCAAUAUGCCACCACCUAAUAUGAUGAUGUCUCAACAAUACAAUCGUUACGAUCAAGAAAGAUUCAACCGUAGUGCACCUUCAAAUGAAUUCAGAAUUGAUACAACCGGGUCUUAUCACGGCUUCAACCUCAAAAAUGUUACAGAUAUACCAAAUAGUAAUAUUCCUGAUAUGAACAGUAAUGGUACUGGUCUAAAUCAUCCUUCAACUCCUGCAUUGUCCAAAGUUUUGUCAUCUAUUCCAUCUCCAAUGACUUCUGUUAUGAACCAAUCAAUACCAGGAGCAGGUAACAAAAAGAGAACUUCCAAAACACCAAUCAUCAUCAUACCUUCCACAACAACAUCUUUAAUCACUCUUGCUAACGCUAAAGCCAUUCUUCAAGAUUUAAAAUACCUCGAUAGUAAUAGUGCCGAUAUGCCUAGAGACAAUGAAAUACUAAUUCAGCGUCGUAAACAAGGUGAAAUAACAACUGUACCAUAUAGAGUGAUUAACAAUAUUCUUAAAUUAGGCGAUGGUGACUGGGAACGUGUAGUCGCAGUUUUCGUUCAAGGUCCCGCAUGGCAAUUUAAAGGUUGGCCCUGGGAUGGUAAUCCAGUUGAAAUUUUCUCUAGAAUAAAAGCAUUUCAUUUAAAGUGGGACGAAAUGAAGCUCGAUACUAAUGUUUCAAAAUGGAAUGUUGAAGUUAUUCAAUUAUCUAGAAACAAAAGACACUUGGACAGAGCCAACUUGCUCAAAUUUUGGUCAUCCCUAGAUACUUUUAUGAUAAAGAACAAGCAUUAUCUAAGGUUUUAGUGCAUUGAAUUUGAUUUUUUGCAAAUUUUAUCGGAAUGGAACAACAACUGAAUCAAAUGCGACCUACUAACUAUAAAUUAUGUAAAUAUUUGAAUAGCUUAAAGACCUAACAAUGGAAAUUCCUUUAAUUUAAGAGUUACGACAACUCGUAAAAGCUUCAAAGCUAUCAUCAACCUAAAGAUUUGAAUAAACAUAAAUGUAUCAUCUCAAGCAUCCUCGUCAAUUUCAUCAUUACCAAAUGGAUCUCUAAUCCCUUUCUUUUUUCGAUUCAUUUUUCGCCCUGUAUUUUCAAGUUUCUUUGUCCUUUUUAUCUUAAAGAAAAGUUUUAUCAGCUGGUCCUCGCCCUUAAAAACCGAAUGCUAAUUAAGUUGAAAUAAAAUGAAAUGAAACAAAA